CUCUAUGCGAAGCUGACUCUCUUCAUAAUCGCCAAAUCCUGCCUCGGAAACCCCGCCGAGAAGCAGGUCAUACGCGAAACCGCAGCUGUGAUCUACAGUGUCUUAUCCCGGAAGGACAUGACAGCCUUGUUCCGCCUGCCCCCAGAGCAAAGGGCGGAGCAGCUCGACGACAUCCAGAAGACGGUGGCAGGCAUCCGCCUCUACAACAAGUUCCGGGGGAAAGGCGGCGCGAACAUAGACGAUGUUCCAGGGAUCGUGAGGAAAGCGGCGGAUGCCGGGCUGGCGGCGCUCAAGGAGGAGACGGAGCGGUUCAAGGAGAUUGCGAACAAAUACGCUGCCAUCGUGGAAUUCCACAGUCUCGUGAACGAGGAAGAGUCGGUGGAAGACUGCCUUCAAGUGCUCAAGGCCUUGCUCAUUAACGCUCGACAGUACCUGGAAUACAUGCAGUGA